UAGUGCGCGCUAGUCUGCGAGAUCUCCUCUCCAGAACUUCCGAAGUUUCCGUGGUUCUGGCGCGUACGGGUCGCGAUCGGUCAAUAAUGGUACGUUGGAAAGUAAAAAUAUUAGUGAAAGUCUGCUUGCUUUUUACCUCAGGAUUCGGUGUUCAUUCGCAAACUCACGGUCCAGUUUACCUGUUGGAACCUUCAGCUCAGUUGACUUUCUCUAACACUACAGGCUCUCAAGUCAGCUGCGCUGCACAUGGGUCUCCAAAUCCGCAAGUCGAAUGGCUACUGCAUGAUGGAAAAACCGUUACUUCUGUACCAGGAUUAAGGCAAUCACUUGGCAAUGGCACCUUAUAUUUCCCACCAUUUCGAGCCGAGGACUAUAGAGCGGAUGUCCAUUCAACAAUAUAUCGUUGCCGAGCAUCCAACAUAGCUGGAACGAUUCUGAGCAGAGAAGUGCACGUGCAGGCUGUUGUAAGCAAACAUUAUCAUGUGGACGUAUAUCCGGCCAAAGUGUCGGUGGGAAAUACUGCAAUACUAACGUGCGUUAUACCUGAAGAGGUCAAGGAACACGUCACGGUUACUUCGUGGUCGAGGGACGACACAAUCCUUUUGCCCGGAUUCAACAUGGGAGGCAGAUUUGUUGUAACUUACGGAACGGGGAAGCUUUUGAUCAGAUCGACCCGGUUUGACGACAGCCUACCCGUGUAUUCAUGCCUCACCAUCCAUGCGCUUACUCAGGAAAGAAAAAGGUCACAACCUGCAAAACUUGCUGUUGUGGAACCGAGUCAAAAUGAACCCCCUCGACUUAUUCCAGUUGAGUUCUCCUCUUUCAUAGCGUAUGAGGAGACGGAUAUUCACCUCACUUGCACAGCCCAAGGAAAUCCUCCUCCUAACUAUGGAUGGUUCCGAGAUGUUAGAGGCAACCUGCAACCGUUAGUGAUUUCGUCUAGAGUUCAACCUUCACAGGACGUUUUAGAGAUCCGAAAUUUGAUGGCUGAAGACUCUGGGAGGUGGACUUGCAAGGUGUUUAACUCUUUUGGAGAGCAGCGAGUUGAUAUUCACCUGAAUGUUGUUGCGCAUCUUACUGUGCAUAUUUUGCCUCAACUCCAGAUUGCCAACUCUGGACAAAAUGUAAUUUUCAACUGCACAGUUGUUGGCACGCCCAUUGGGCGCAUACAGUGGGUGAAAAAUGGUGAACCCAUCGUGCCAGAUGAUCAUGGAAAAUUCAAACUUCUAGACCCAUUAGUGCUUCAGGUUGCUGAUGUGACUAGGCAUGAUAAAGGCAUGUAUCAAUGUAUGGUGGAAAAUGACAAGGAAAACGCUCAAGGAAGUGCUGAACUGAGGUUAGGAGAUACUAGACCGGAAAUGCAUACGAAUUUUGUUCAGCAAGCAGUACAACCAGGAGUUCAAGUCUCAUUGCGAUGUUCUGCUAUUGGAUUUCCUCCUCCUCAGUUCAAGUGGCUCCUCGAUGGACAACCAUUUGCCGAUCUCAAGCCAGAUCACAGGUACGCCAUUAGUCAAUACAUGGACUAUACUGGAGACGUUAUUGCACAUCUGAAUAUAACAAGUGUUCGGGUGGAAGAUGGAGGUUUAUAUACCUGCCGGGCCUCAAAUAAAAUGGGAUUUGUUGAACAUUCCGCUCGAUUAAAUGUCUAUGGUCGGCCGAAUAUUCGAUCUAUUGGUCCGGCUAAAGCGGUUGCUGGAACGGAUGCCAUGUUACAUUGUCCCUAUUCUGGAUACCCCAUUCAAUCCGUACGUUGGGAAAGACAUGGUCAGGAGCUGCCGCAAGACAUGAGGCAUCGCUUAGAGGAAGGUGGUGCCUUGACAAUAAUGAAAGUGGACCAAAACACCGAUAAAGGUUUUUAUACGUGUUACGUAACGAGUAGAGAGGGCCUUGUGGCCAGAAAAGAGAUACAGCUUAUUGUUAAUGCUCCUCCCGUAAUGGAGCCAUUCAAUUUCCCCACUAGCAUCCAAGAAGGGGGACGGGCCCAAGUAACUUGUACUGUGACAUCUGGAGAUUUACCAAUACGCUUCUUGUGGUACAAAGAUGAGGAACCCAUACCCGCGUCUUUAGAAGUUCAGGAAAGAGCAGCAGAAUUCUACAGUAUGUUGGUGUUUAAAAAUUUGAACUCCAGACAUACUGGCACCUACACUUGUGUUGCGAGCAAUGCAGCCGCUCAAGUAAAUUACACAGCUCAACUUAUGGUGAAAGUCGCCCCACAAUGGACCAUCGAGCCGCAAGAUAUUUCCGCAUUGCUGGGAGAUUCGGUACUUAUGCCAUGUUUAGCAAAGGGUUUUCCCGAGCCCACUAUAUCUUGGCUAAGAGGACAUGGUAAAUCAACGGAUUACAGACCGAUUUCUGGGGUGCACAGAGUGAUCCAGCUGGGAAAUGGCUCGCUGUGGUUCGAGGCUGUGACAUCUGAAGACGAAGGAAACUAUCUUUGCCGAGCUAAUAACGGAAUUGGGUCUGGACUUGGCAAAGUCAUUUACUUUGCAGUUAAAGAACCGGUACGAUUCGAUAUCCCGUAUAGAAACGUAUCAGUCAAGAGAGGGGAAGAAACAAAUUUGCUAUGCCACGUGCAUGGGGAUGAUCCAAUUGCGGUAAAGUGGAUCUUUAACGAAACUUCUUUGGACCUUCAUAAAUUAAGGUUUUCGCACGUUAGCUUGAAGGAAGAAAAGGAACUGAAGUCGCAGUUAACCAUUAGUAAGACUGAUAGAGAAGACUCGGGUACGUACAAGUGCCUAGCAGAGAACGAUUUUGGCCAGAGCGAGUAUGUCGUCAAUCUUGUCGUUCAGGAAAAACCAGAUCCGCCUUCUGGUUUAGAGGCGGUGGAGGCUAUGGGAAGAGCGGUGAAAUUAUCAUGGAUAAAACCAUUUGAUGGAAACAGUCCACUAAUUGGCUACAUCGUACAGUAUAAGAUGCUCGGCCUCCAUUCCACUUGGGAAGAAAGUCAAAUAUUGAAUCUGACGAGUUCUGCAGCAGCGCGCCCAGAACGAUCAGUGGAACAAGCAGUGCUAAGAGGACUGAAACCAGCAACAGUUUACACCAUCAGAAUAUCUGCUGUCAAUGGUCUGGAUAAGAGUGACUUUACUGAAACUAUAGUAAUAAAAACUCAAGAAGAGAAACCUAGAGGAGCUCCAACCGACGUGAAAGUAGAAGCAGUUAGCUCUACGGAACUAUCUGUUCAGUGGUCGCCUCCUUCGCGAAGUUCCUGGAAUGGCGAACUGCUGGGCUACAAAAUCAACUGGAAAGAGCACCAUGGUUUCAUCAACCAGACAAAAAACGACACUGUCCACGGAUGGGCUACCACCAAAUUUAUUCUCUCUGGCUUAAAGAAAUUUACCACUUAUGAUAUCCUGAUCAAAGCUUUCAACAGAAUGGGCUCCGGUCCGCCUUCACCGAACAUCAUCGGAACAACCAAAGAAGGCAUUCCAGAGGCGCCACCUCAGAAUUUAAUGUGCUCAGAAAUUACCUCUCAAAUGAUGAAAAUUUCUUGGACCACACCACCGCAACAUCUACAUGGGGGAUUGAUUCAAGGAUACAAGAUAUUUUAUAAACCUAUGGAAGUACGCCACCAUAUUCUAGCUUUUUCAGAUGCUUCCAUGAAAACCGAAGUCAAGCGAACUCACUCCACUAACACUUAUAUUCAUGGACUUCAAAAGUUCACCAAUUAUUCCAUCAAGGUUCUGGCUUUUACCAGUGCAGGUGAUGGAGUAGUCAGUGAUGUACUCCUUUGUAGCACUGAAGAAGAUGUUCCAGGAAAACCAGCCAAUAUCAAAGCAAACGCCCUAACAGGAGAGUCGAUUUUAGUUUCCUGGCUUCCACCAUUGAAACGGAAUGGACUUAUCACACUUUACACCAUAUAUUGUCGGGAAGCCGGUCGUGUAGGCCAACACAAAAUCUACAAUAUUCGCAUUGAAGCUAUCAAUGAGGAUUUUGGACUAUUUUAUGAAGUGCGAAAUUUAACCGAACAUCAACUGUAUGAAUUCUGGGUUUCUGCAACUACAAAAGUUGGCGAAGGAGAAUCGACCGCAAUAACGGCUCAGCAAACGAAUUCUCGAGCGCCAUCUAAGAUUGCGUCUUUCAGCCAGACAUUGCAUCAACCGAACAAAUCUAGAAUGAUGCUACCUUGCAUAGCAGUCGGAAAUCCUAAGCCUAGAACUAGAUGGACGCAUCAGAACAAGCCUAUCACUUUCAGCAACUUCUAUGCAGUUACUGUAGAUGGACAUCUACAUAUUCACGAUGUCGAUUUGUCUAUGACUGGAAACUACACAUGCAAGGCAGUGAAUCUGUUCGGAGAAGAUUCGAUUACCUACAGUUUAAUUGUGCUGAUGCCUCCAACAGCACCAAAAGUGAAAAUCGAAUACACCACCACUAACAGUAUCAAAAUUAAAUGGACUAAACCUGACAGUGGGGGAUCUGAAAUUGAAGGGUACAUUUUGAAUAUAAAAGAUGAAAAAACCGACUGGGUAAGAAUAGACGUUUCUCCUGAAGUAUUGCAAUAUGCUAUUGAAAAUUUAAAAUGUGGUACCUCAUUCUAUCUAUAUGUGGCAGCACAAACCCGGGUAGGAAGAGGCACUUCCAGUGCAAUUUUAAGUACUCAUACCAAAGGUGGUCCUCCAUUGUUGCCAAAAGAGGACCAAAUCUUCGCAGCGAACUCUUCGAUGAUUACAGCGAAUUUGAAGAAUUGGCCAAAUGGAGGAUGCACAAUUUCGAAAUUUUCAGUGGACUACAAAACUUACAGUAUAGACAAAUGGCACUUGAUAGCUGAGAAUAUUAAAGAAAACGAAAUUGUUAUUCAUGACUUGAUGCCUGGCACUUGGUACCAAAUUAGAGUGAUUGCUGAAAAUGAUGCUGGAGUGGUUCGGGGAUUUUUCAAUGUUGCUACUUUGUCUAUUGAUGGAAGUCGUGUUCCGAUGCUCCCUAAAAUGUCUGAAGAAUCAAAAAAAUUUGAAGAAGGCAGUUUUUGGAAUGAAACAGUAUUCGUGAUACCCGCGUCUAUUUUAUUGGUUCUAGUUUUUAUUGUCGCUUUCUGCCUCCUGAUUGCGUACCGAAGAAAGAGAACGACUAAUAAUCACGAACAAUCUGAAGUGGAAUGUGAAAACAGCGAAAUGGAGACUCAAACCGCUAAUGAAAGACGACAGAGAAAUAGACAGGAAAAAUUGGUUGAACGAGAAAACAGGAAUAAUAUGCAACAAAUUUAUCUAUCCUCCCCAGUUAAAAGUUGCGAUAAAAUCACUGAGAGUGAUAUGGCAGGAAACUAUGAGAUUUCACCAUACGCCACAUUUGUAGUACCAGCAUCUAAUAACAGUCAUUCUGUUAAAACUCCCGUAGAUUAUACGAUGCAAUUUAAAACAUUCAGCCAUAUAGAAGAUGGGGAACAUUCUAAAAUUAUUAUUCCUAAAGCUCAACCUGGAAAAGGGACUUGGCACAAGAACCAGCACUAUUAUAACAACGACUCCGCUUUACUACCUCAAUCCACUCAUAUUCUCUAUCGCACGCAAGUACAUCGUGACCACCACGAAGAUACUGACUCUGAAGACACUAGCGGCUCAGGACAAUGUGGAGCUGCCGCUAUGUCAACAAGCUCUAGCUACAGGCCGCCAAGGAAAAGAGAGCAUGUGGAAAGACACUGUGGUGUAGGCUAUACCGGCUAUGAAACUCUACUAGUAGCCGAUUUAUAUCGAAACAAAGAUAGAGAUUCUAGUACUGAGUCCAACGACAUUUCGCCCUUGGCGGCACGAAGACAAACUCCUAGACUGAUGGGACCGAAGAGGCACUACAGGACCGCAAGUAGUAGCAGGUAGCCAAGUUCAGAGGAUGAUUAUAUUUUUACCGAUGAGGCUCAAAUUAAGCCACCAAUAUGCUUUUCAGAUAGUAGAGAAUUAAGCGAAGCCGAGUGUGAUAGAGACUUGAAACUUGCAGAGAUUAUUUCAUCAGAACUCAACGAUAUAUUAAGUAGGUACCAUGAAAGGCGAGAAGAAGAAAGGAAACAGUUCACCAUGCUCGUUUAGAAUGAUGGCUUUCAGCAGACCAGGAAUUUUUUAUUUAUUUUAAAUUUAAAAACGUACUUAAACUUACGAAGUAAGUGACUGUUAUAAUAUUUCGUCAUGCCAAGAAAAUUCUAAAUGUUGAAUCCUCGCUUCUCCACUCAAUUUCCUCCAAAUAUUGAGGCAAUGUUCAAACCGUGUUCCAGCAACUUGAAUGUUAAGUGUACUGUAUAAUGUUUAAAUAAACGGAUCUAAUAAAGUAAUGCAAAUUAAAUACG